AUGUCUUCUGCUGUGAAAGGCGGCGUAAGCCGAAUGACCAAUGCGGCUUCAUCGAUCACAUCCAAGACUACGUCGUUGACGACGUCCUUCGUUAUGGAUGCUGCAAGUAUCACAAUGGAUGCUGCCAAGAAGACAACGCAAUACACGAACAAUCUUGUAUCCGAUGCAGCGGCGUUGGCGUUCGACCGUGAAGAAAAGGUUGAUGAGGAGCCACUAGAGGAGUUGCCUCCUCUCUCUAUUUCCAGCUGCUGGGCUCCUUUUGAUGACAGUCACUUGUACUUGAAGCGAGAAGACCUGGAGCAGAUGGUUUCUAAGGUUGAUGCCAACAUUCGAAAAUCUUUGAACGAUUGCACGAAACGCGCAGAAGCUAUUCGGGCAAAGGAGGCACGAGUGUCGGAUGUGAAUGUCCUGGCGUCACAACAUGGGCUGCAUGUGAUGUACACUCGCGCAAUAUCCUGCAUCUUGUUCCCGCACACUCCUGCAAGCCAGGAAGAGAUGAGCAUGUGGACACAGGACGAUUACAAUCUGCUACGUGAAUGGUGUGGCAAGUGUGAUGAUAGAGUCAGAGUGACUGAGUCCCAUCAUCAUGCUGCGAUGGAGUUCCUUGAUAGCUUCGAUGGGAAAGGAGCUUUGAUGGCCGGUUUGAAUGAAAGGCUAACAUUGGUGAAUCAACAUCCUUUCUAUGAUCGAGAGCAGUUUGCUUCUCCAGAAGACUAUGAGUCUUGGAAGAUUUUUGAGUUGUCAGCUGUUGAACGUCAGAAACAGGUGCUUGUGAAGUACAACAAGACAGAAUUGAUUGUAGAUGUCAUGGAAGUACGCGCCUCUGAGAGUAUGAAUCAAGAACUUGCUGAGAAGAGCAGUUCCAUGGCAUCAAUGCUCAAGAAGCCCAUCAGCUUGACGACUCAGUUUGGACGGGCCUUUGCGGAAGCCCCCGUGUCGUCAGUUGUGCGAGCGACUGGGGCGAUGGUGUCAGCCCCCUCGAACUUUGCUAAAGCCAUGGUCGCAACCCGCUCUCAGAUCUGGAGUGUUAUUUCAUUUGCCACCUACCAGCACAAGUCAGAGAUGGUGGGAGACAUCAUCCCGGAAGAGCCUGUGGUGUCUAUCAACGAUGGUGUGACUUGGCAAGUGCGGCCUCAUGAGAAAGGAGCAGUCUGCAUUCAGUUAUGGAGGAAGAAGAAGUACGUUGUGUCUAUCAAGGCUUCUGCCGAUGAAGUACUGGGGAGUGUGAUGUUUUGCUGGGAGGAGUUGCAUCAAGCUGCUGAACUGAACAAGCCAAUCGAAGGCUGGUUUCAAUUUGAGGAUGGAUCGUAUGAUGAGAAGGGACACCCUUGCCCUGGAGGAAGGGAAGUGAAGCUGAAGAUUCAACUCGUGACAAAACCGAUCGAUGGAACCGAGGAGCAACCUCUGUUAGAUCCUGUCGAUGAACUGCACAAGGUGUACACUGACUUCUACCGAGCUCUCAACCCAGGCUUGAGCAUGAUGCCCCCACCUGGUGUCGACUGGUUGUUGAAGGAGAUGAGAAUGAAAUGUGGAAUCGGGGAGAGUUGGCACCACCUGCUUCGACUUUCUCCUGGAUUGAACUUGACCACUCCUCCAGGACUAGAGAAAUCGGCAGAACUAGAGAUCCGAGAAGGCAGGCUCGCUGCGUUGCUGGAGUGCAUCAAAAGUGGAGCUGCUGCUAGAGUUGGUACAAUCAAGCCGGUAGAAGACGGCUUGUUGUUUGCGCUUCACUAUAUCCAAGGGCAGAUUCGAAACAACCUUCUCCGCUUCCCCUAUCAGUACGCUUGUGAAGAUGGAGAGGACGAGUACCAGGAGCCGAUUGAGCUGAGGUUGUUCAUAGAGAUUGAUGAGGCAAUCAAUCAAGAAUUCCAGAACUUUUCUGGGAAGAUUGAUGGGUUGUUAGAAUCAAACAUGUUGAUACAAUGCAGCUCGUCGCACCUUUCGACUGAUCAAGUUGUGUCGGAGGGGAUGAAACACUUUGUUAACGACUUCUAUGGUCGAUCAUUGAGAGCAGCUCUUCACAAAGCUCCCCCGGGAGAACUGAUACCAGAAGGCGAGAUGGAAGUGAAGCACCUGAAGAAGAUUUGCAAGAGGUGCGAGCAGAUGAUUGUCAAAUUGCAUGAGAACUUUGCGCCUGUGGUGUCUUGGGAUUCGGAGCUGAAGGCCUUUGAGACCCUGAUAGACCUCGUCACUGUCGAUGUUUUGUCAGCCAUUGCAGCCUAUCACGUGCGGGGACCUUCGCACGAUGCGUUCGAGGAGGGGAGCGUGGAAGCGACUCUCCUCAAGCUGCAUCUUCGCAUCAACUCGCUGAGGAGGAUCUUGGUGGAGCUUCAGCCGUCCAUCAGGUGCGAUGGUCUCGCCACUGCUACAGGGCCGGUGCUGUCAGCAUGGGUGGAGAAGACGCGGGAGAACAUGUUCAAGUGGAUGGACAAGUCGAUGGCGCUAGAUCAGUGGGUUCCUGUAGCCCUCGAGAGCGGGAACGGAUACACUUCCUCCCUCAUCGAUGUUUUCUCCUCGGCUGAGAAUGCAUGCCGAACCUUUGUGACAGUGAGGAUGGGAGCCUUGCCUGCAGUCAGAGAAGCCUUCUUGGAGCUGCUCGGCGACGUCUGCCUGCGCUAUGUGGAGAUGAUGAACCAUGAGGCAGAGAAGGAGCAUGCAGCAGCAGCCCAGGCCAAGAAACUGAACACCAAGACCUCUCAUGGGCUCGGAAGCAUGUUGGGUCUGAUGUCCUUCCAGAAGGUAGGAGACCUCAAGUUCAUGCAUGGCGUUCAGACCCUCGUCAGCAGCCCCGUCAAUCGUUUCUCCAGUCAGAGUGCGGGAGGAUCGGAGCAUGGUUCCUCUAAAGGAGACGAGGAGCAAGUUACUCAAGAAGAGAAGACCUGGGAGGAGAGGGGGGAGGAGUACCUGGAGAAGAUGGAGCAUCUCGCAGACGAGCUGGCGAGUGUCAGCGCUUGGAAGAAGAACCUCGGCGCACUAGGCAAGAAGUCGCUGCAAGCCUCGAUCAGCAUCACAAAGAAGACGGCGAGCUUGGCGACGUUCGGUAAGGUAGGAGUCAAGUCCAACGGAUCGACGCCGUCCGGGACGGAGACACCCAAGCCAGAAUCGAAGGCAAGCAAGCAGCAGCCCAAGAAGAAGCUGACCAGUCACGACUUCUUCGACGGUCAGCCCCUCGUGUCUCAGCAAGCUUGUCCUCGCAUCAGCAACGCGAUGGAGGUCAAGGGUCAGCUCGACAACCUCAUCGCCAUCCUCGAACAAGAUCCAGGCUUCCUUGGUGGGGAAGGCUGCCAUCAGAUCCCCAUAGACAUGGACGACCCGUUCCAAGAGCACGCCAAGUCCGACGACUGGACACUCUCCCCGCGCGUCCUCGACAUGUACAACAGAGUUCGUGUAGGCGUCGAAGACUCGGUGGAGGUCGAACUGCGUCCUCUCCUGCAGUGGCUCGCUACUACGAUCGCUGCUGCCCUCACGGAGGAAGCAGGAUCGAGCGACGACGGAGGCGCGUCUGCGCGUGAAGCUUGCAUGUCGGUGAACUUCUUCGAGGGGCAGAAGGUUGUCCGUGGCCCCGACUGGAAAUGGGGCAGGCAGGAUGGGUGGGAGGAGGGAAGUGAAACUCCUCCCGUCGGCCUGGUAACUCUCAUGAAGCCCAACGGUUGGUGCAAGGUGCUGUGGGAGAAUGGGCACGAAGACAGCUACCGAUGUGGGGCUGAAGGAGAUCAUUUCGACGUUCAGCCGCUGGACCUGAAGCUACCGGAGCCUCCGUUGCCUCCGGCUGUGGCAGCCAUAGAAGACGCUCUUGAAGCGACGCUUGCUGCACUGCGCGAGAGUCUGAGCGACAAGGGGUUCAUGCAAUGCCUGCGGGUGAUCUGGCUCGCAUGCGUCUCUGUGCUGGAAACUUGUUUGCACGAUGAUCUCACGGGCAACCGAGGAGUUUUGUUGCGCGCCAGAGCUCUGGCUGAGCGCUUGAAGAACUACAUGCAUGCUGGAGGAGCUGGAGUCUCCAUGCCGAUGCUCGACAAGUCUUCCAUGGCGCUCAUGCAGACGAUCGAGGCAUCUUUAAUGUAG